UAGUGAGAGUAUGUCAAACAUAACAGUGAAAUCGAUUCAUGAGAAAGAGUGUUACAAUUUUCAUGGAAAAUGAAGGGGUUGUCUUUAAUAUUGGGGAGUAUAUUACUUCUAGGGUGCGCUGGUUUCACAAGUUCGUACCUGAAUUUGUAUAUGGAUUCCAUCGAAACCUUUCGACUUUUGGGUAUUACGGCAGAAUUGUAUUAUGUACGUAAUGGUAUCAUCAACAAUUAUGCUCUUUCUUUUAAUUUACCAAUACCUGCUGAUGUAGAAGAUAUUUAUUUUACAUGGCAAAACUUGAAAGAAAGUCCAGCUAUGUUUUAUAGAAUGGGUUUUACUGUAAGUAACCCACGAGCAAUGAAUCAACCUAGUGCUAAUAUAAGUAAAGAUGGGCAGGUUCCCAAUAAUUUAUCAGUCUUCCAGGUUAGUUUUCCAUGUUCAGGUAAAAUGUCUGCAGAGGUGGAUGUCACAUUACAAAUGAAUAUCAGUAUUUUCUCAGCAUCUAAUUUAACAGUUCUGGAUUUUAAAAGACGGAAAAUGUGCCUAAAAGCUGGUGUGUGGGCCAAAGAUUUGCCUUCUUCUAAACAUGUCAUGGGCAAUUUCUCUCAACAAGAUCAACAUUUCCAAGAUGCUAGUCGUACUGAUAGUUUAACUACAUCAACUCAUAUUUUCUACAUUGCUGUUGGAUGUGCUUGUGCUCUUAUAUUGCUUAUUGCUUUAGCUGUAGCAGUUUAUUACCUCAAUUCACAGAAGAGUGCAGAUCGUUAUUCUAAGCGAAUGAAUUACUAUGACAGUAGUAGUUCUCAAGCAUUAACAGCCCAGAGUCAGACAUUUUUACGACCAGAUACACCAAACAAUGCCACUGGAGCAGGUUUGCCUAACUUUAGACGUGGUAUAUCUGCUAUUGCUGAAUUAAAACCAACUGAUGUUAAAGCUAUAUUAAAUGAGAUAGCUAUAGAAAGAAAAAGAUUAUCAUUAGGAGAAAUUCUUUUAGAAGGUACAUUUGGUAAAAUAUAUCAUGGUGUAUUAGUUGGUGAAGAUGGUAAUGAAAUAUCCACAGAACAAGAAGUUUUCAUUAAAGCCAUUUCAGAUCAAGCAAAAACUGAUCAAGUUCAAUUGUUUAUGACUGAAAGUAGCCAAUUAAAGGGCUUGGUACAUCCAAAUAUCAAUCCUGUGAUUGGGUCGUGUUUAGAGGACGAGAGCCAACCAAUGUGUAUUUAUCAGUAUUCUAAUGAGGGCAACUUAAAAAAAUUCUUACAGAAGUGUCGAAUGUCGGAGUGUGGUUCACAUUAUUCUUUGUCAACCCAGCAAUUAGUUUAUAUGGAGAUACAGAUUAUUAGAGGUAUACAGUAUCUACACCGUAAAAAGAUCAUACAUAAAGAUAUUGCUACCAGAAACUGUGUUGUUGAUAGUGAUCUUGUGGUAAAAAUAAUGGACAAUUCUUUAUCCCGUGAUUUAUUUCCGGCUGAUUAUAAUUGUCUAGGAGAUAAUGAAAAUAGACCCAUAAAAUGGCUGUCUAUAGAAGCAUUACAAGAAAAACGCUUUUCACCAGCCAGUGAUGUGUGGGCAUUUGGAGUUACUAUGUGGGAAUUAAUGACAAUGGGACAACAACCAUAUGCAGAUGUAGAUUCAUUUGAAAUGGCAUCAUAUUUACAGGAAGGGUAUAGAAUAGCUCAACCAAUCAACUGUCCAGAUGAAUUAUUUGCUGUCAUGGCGUGUUGUUGGGCAAUGUCACCAGAUGAACGUCCCAAAUUCUCUCAGUUAUUAGGUUGUUUACAGGACUUCUACACGGCACUUGGUCGUUAUAUUUAAUAAGUUGACAAUCUUUUUAAUUAUUAUCGGUUUUAGUGCUAGAAACAAUGUAACUAUUUAAAGAUAAUUGACAGUAUUGUGUAUAAAGUGUACAGUGAUCUCUUGUAGAUAAAAUCUUCUUAUUAGUCUCCAUGAACAUACUCCAGAUACCCUAAUUCAUUGAUGAAUCACAAUUUACAAGUUUACAAACAACGAGAUGUGCCAUAGAAAUCUGGAAAGUUUUAAUCCUCGGACAAUGUGUUCAGUAUUGUUUUUCACCUCUGAAAAAUGUUUUUACCAAGAAAAGUAUACAGUACCUCACAGAAUCAAAUGUAGUUAAAGAAUAUAAUCAGUAACUAUGACAACAAAUAUUUUAUUCAGCAGAAUUGAAGAUCAGAGCCAGAAAGCAAAUGGAUAAACAAUAUUUUUAAAAAAAUGAAAAUUUACUUAUGUAGAAACUAUUACAAGACGCAUUAAAGAAAAACUGGUGUGCAAUAUAUAAAUAACAUUAAGUUUUAUAAACUUUAGAAUAGUGUUGUGGUUCUGUAAAUAUGAGACAGACAAACUAAUAUAGUUAGGCCUGGAAGCUUUAAAACUGUAGAAUAAACUUGUGUCUAUUUCCACUCUGUUUUGAUGGUCACAUAAAGUGGUCAUUAUUCAAAUAUUUGAAUCAAGUGAACUGCUCAUUCUUCCGAUUUUGGUACAUUUCUGUUUUCUGAUCUUACAAAUCUUAUCUAUUUUUCUUUUUUGGGGUAUAUUUUUAAAUAUAGUUAAUUUCAUUUAAUUAAUACUAUUAAAUAUUUCAUAACAGAAACAAAAUCUGAUCAAGGUCCAUUAAUUGACAUUGAAUAACGAAUACUAUAAAAAUGGUUUGAAGAGCCAAUGAAACUAUUUGAAUCAUAAUAUUCAUAUAUUUGUAUAAGAACUAUAUCGCCUUGCUAGUUACAUUUCUUAAAGUUAUAUUAAUUAAUUAGUGUAUUUUAGUGUUUAUUUUAAUUUACCUCAAAUAAUACUUUGUAUGCUGCUUUCAUGGUUUACACUGUAUAUAAACGCCAAAGAAAAUUGUACAUACAGCUUGAACAUCAAAAACAAUAUUACCAUGUGUAUGGCCAAAAUAGUCCCCAUUUUAUUAUAUCUAAUUAGUGCAUUGAUACUGCAUUUAAGAUGUAUACUGUAUAUAUAAGUAUUGAAUAUAUAACAUUAUAAAUAUUUAUUAAUAACCUAUGUUAUUACAACAUCUUUUACAAAUGACCAUAAAAUGGUAAAUAAAUAAGUGUUGCCUCGUAUAUCUAAUAUCUACAUGCAUUGUACCUAUUGCUAUUUAGUAUAGAUUUAUUAUAUAAGGUUACUGUAAAACACGAAACUGAUGUCAACAUACUGAUGUAUUUCUAUUCUGUAAAAUACUGUACCAUUAACAAGAUAGUUCCACAAGUAAAUCAGCAUUGUGGUCAAUCAGAACACCCAUCCAAACAACAAACUAUUUUGUUUAUAGGUUAAUCAAUGUCAUAAUUAAUAUAAUAACAAUGGUUUAAUUAGCUUUAUUUAAACUGGUUAUUACUUUGUUCAACUUACGUUACAGUAGUUUCCCAGUUGUAAUUUUAGAAAAGAAGAUUUGGUGGGAAGGAUUUAUUGCAGUAUGAGUAUGCAUUAAUAUCAACCCUUGCAGGUCACAUUAGUUUCAUGAUACAUUAGUUUCUUGUUUUACAAUAUUUAUUUAAUUAAGGCACUAGUCGUCAUUUGCAUUUUUCGGAAAAUAUAUAAUUUUGUUCAUGGUUUAAUCAAGCUAAAAUGUACUCCGAUUGAUUAUCUAACAUUGAAUUAAGAAAACAAAUAUCAAUGGUAGAUAAUCUCUUUGUUUGGAAUCCGUUUGAAUUAAAAAAGGCCCAUUGAAUUAUUUUAGCAAAGCUUGGUUUUACCAUAAUCCGAUUUAUAUGGUCUAAAACAGAUGCUGAAUGAUGACAAAAUGUUCAAUUCACAUAUCUAUGUAAAUACUGGAUGAAAUUGAGCCAUAUUUUGACUGAUAUUUCUUUCAGAAAAUCAACUUUCACAAUAUUGUACUCUACAAGGGAUUAUAAAUCUAUGAAUUGAGAAUCAAAGACUUUAAGCUUGUCAUAUGUCGACCCUACAACUCUAUCAAACUCAACGAUUUUCCCUGCAAGUAAAUCUGUUAAUGUUUCUUAUUGGCUAAAAAUGAUGGAUUCAGUAAUAAAGGGACUAUGUUGUUAAAGAGUGAAGAAAAUAGAUGUUGAGCUUACACUAUGUCAUUUGCAUACAAUUGUUAAGACUUUAGAGGUUGUCUUGAUAUUUAUUAAUCGAUUUAGUUGUUAGGUUGACAUAAAUGUAUGGCCAUUAUGGGUCAAUCUGUAUUAAAGAAUGCCCUGGAAGAAUGACAGAAUCUAAAUAUAUGGAUGAAUAAAAUCUGAGUGGUGCCUGAUUUAUUGAUAAUCUACUGUUGUAGAUGGAUGAAUGAAUUGAUUUUAAAAUCAAAGUUGAUAGAAUAUUUGUUGAAUAUGGGAUAUAUGAAGGAAAAAUAUAAAAGGAUAUAUGAAUGAUCUUGAAUGAAGAAAUUUUAUGUGUGUAUAUAUCAAUUAUGCUUUUAGUAGUUGUUAUACAUAUUUAUGCAAUUUAGAAGUUUUGUUGAUGCAAUUGAAAUAUUAUGCAUUAAUUAUUUUAUGUGUGUGAUGUGAUUGUACAAGGCUUUAGUGUAUAGAUUAUAGUAUUUAGAAUAUGUAAGUUUUUUUUUUACAUACAAGUAUUGUAUAUUAUACCAAAUAUAUUACAGCGCCUAUGAGAUUUCAUUCUGAAUACCUCACAAGUUUCUCAUAAUGUGUCAUUAUACCAUAUCACUUGUCACUUUUAAAUAUGAAUAGAUAGUAAUGUUACAGUAUUAUCUUGAGAAAUACUCUAUUUACAAGACUGCUUGCUGACUUACAUUUACUAACCUAGUUUGUCAACAUGAAAUAUAGUUAAUUAAUAUUUAGGGAUAAAUAUAUCUGAUCUAUUAAAGAUAAUAGCAUGCAACAAAACAUUUCAUACAAGUACCCUGAAGAAAUGAAUUUAAAUUGCUUAAGUGAGUCACGGAUGCUACAAUUCCCUGUAAUACACAGCAAUUCCUAUGAUACAAGAAGAUUGUUUUGGAUCCAAGUGGAAUUGUUUUUAAAAAAUAUGAUAAGAAUGCAGCUGAUGACAUCUGAUCUUCUAAACCUACCCCAGUCUCAGACACUAUUACUCCCUAGUAUGCCUUAUGAUUCCUUAUAAUUUGAUGUUGUUUUCUCAUAUCUUGAAAGGCAGCUCAGUUUUGAAAAAAAAAAGAUUCAGUUACACUGGUAAAUGGUUCCUCUUUUUUCUUUGAAUGGUUU